CACUUUUCUUUGCCAUCCUGGACACUUACAUGGCAGCACUUUGCCCGCAGAAGGAAGGAAGACAACCUCCAACGAAAAUCCCAGUGAAAGACUGCCAGGUGUGUGAAGCAGAAGGCGGAGAUGAAGGAGCAGGAGCAGCAGGGCUACUGGCAGGAGACGGGCCGAUGGGCGGGCUACGAGGAGAGCUUGGACCCGCACGCUGGGGUGUGGGCAUCCACCCAAAUCUCCUACCUCACCUUCAAGAGCCUCAUCCAGCUGCGGCGCACGAUGAACACCGUUGUGACAAUCUUCGACUGCGAGGAGAAAACUUUGGCUGCCAUCGCUGAGAAGAUGGUUGGCGAGAUGGUUAGCAAGAAAGAGAUUAGAUCUGGAGACCGCGAAGGUGUGCUGAACUCUCUGCUUCAAAAUCGCAGUGAAUCCGCCGACCCAGAGGGCCAAAAGCUGACUGACGGGACGGACCUGCACAGGUUUUCUGUCAGGGAAAGAAAAGAUGAAUGCGAUCAUGUUGAGGCCUCCAUGGUGCUAGUAGGAGCCUUGGACUUUCUCGAGAAAGCCACGAUUGUUUUUGUGCGGCUGAAGGAAGCGGUUUCCCUCGACUCAGCUCUGGAGGCCCCGGUUCCCGUUCGCUUCGUCUUUGUUCUGAUUGGCCCAAGCAAGUUUGACCUGGACUACCAUGAGACUGGCCGAGCUAUGGCCGCUCUGAUGGCUGAUAAAGUUUUUAACCAGGAGGCCUUUCAAGCAAAGACGGCCAGGGAGCUAACGGAUGCCUUGGUGGAUUUUAUCGACUGCAGCAUUGUCAUCCCACCCACUGAAAUCAAGAAUGAAGGGAUGCUCAGCUCCAUCAUCAGCUUUCAGAAGAAACUCCUGAAGGACAGACCGCUGUCUCAAGACCUGACGCUCCGGAGGGAUUCCAAAACUCGCAGAGUUUCUAUAGCGAGUGGGGCUUCUGUUGAAGAUCCCCUUUCGCGCACCGGUCGGCCUUUCGGCGGGAUGAUUCGAGACAUAAAGAGACGCUACCAAUACUACAAGAGUGACCUCACAGAUGCCCUAAACGCCCAGGCUCUGGCCGCCAUUAUUUUCAUCUACUUUGCUGCUUUGUCUCCUGCCAUCACCUUUGGAGGCCUGCUGGCUGAUAAGGUAGACAACAUGAUGGGUGUGCCGGAGCUCCUCAUCUCCACCAGCAUCCAGGGUAUCAUCUUCUGCUUCGUUGCGGCUCAGCCCAUCCUGGUUAUCGGUUUUUCCGGCCCUCUUUUGGUGUUUGAAGAGGCCUUCUUUGCUUUCUGUAAGUCCCAGGACAUCGAGUACAUCGUUGGGAGGGUGUGGGUCGGGGUGUGGCUCGUCAUCAUCGUGGUGAUCAUUGUCGCCUUUGAGGGCAGCUUUCUAGUGCGCUACAUCUCACGCUUCACCCAGGAAAUCUUCUCCAUUCUCAUCUCCAUCAUCUUCAUUUAUGAAACCUUUUCCAAGCUAGGAAGGACCUUCAAGGCACAUCCACUGAUUAUGAAUUAUGAUCAUGUGAAUGCAACAUUGGAAAAUCCCUGGCACCCAAGGGUGGAGUGGAUCACUACAUAUGACAACAGAACUGGAAACACGACGGUGAUUGAGAACACUGUGAAGCCUCCGUACCCGAACACGGCCCUGCUCUCCAUGUGCCUCAUGUUUGGCUGCUUCUUCAUCGCUUUUUUCCUGCGGCAGUUCAAGAACGGGACUUUCCUUCCUGGAAAAGUCAGGCGCUUGCUUGGCGACUUUGGAGUUCCCAUUGCAAUUUUCCUCAUGGUUGUUGUGGACUAUAACAUCGAAGAUACCUACACUCAGAAACUGGUUGUUCCUAAAGGCCUGACGGUGUCUAAUCCGGCCAAAAGAGGCUGGCUUAUCAAUCCCUUUGGGGAGCACAAAUCUUUUCCCGUAUGGCUGAUGUUUGCAUCCUGUGUUCCUGCUCUUCUUGUCUUCAUUCUCAUCUUUUUGGAGUCUCAGAUCACUACUCUGAUCAUCAGUAAACCGGAGCGGAAGAUGGCCAAAGGCUCCGGGUUCCACUUUGACCUGCUGGUUUUGGUCGGCAUGGGAGGACUCAGCGCCAUAUUUGGUGUGCCUUGGCUGAGCGCUGCCACGGUCAGAUCUGUAACCCACGCCAACGCUCUCACAGUCAUGAGCAAAGGAACAAAACCCAAGAUAGAGAGAGUAGUGGAGCAGCGAAUCAGCGGCAUUGUGGUAGCUCUGCUUGUUGGUUUAUCAAUUCUUAUGGAGCCAAUCCUAAAGUUGAUUCCCAUGUCAGCUUUGUUUGGGAUCUUCCUCUACAUGGGAGUGACGUCACUGAAUGGUAUCCAGAUGUGGGAUCGCAUACUACUUCUCCUCAUUCCAAAGAAAUACCAUCCAGAUGAACCUUACGCCACCAGAGUAAGCACAGGACGAAUGCACCUGUAUACGGCCAUCCAGGUAGUUUGCCUCGGCAUCCUGUGGCUCGUAAAGUCCAGCCCGAUAUCCCUUGCUCUUCCCUUCGUUCUCAUCCUCACCAUCCCUCUGAGAAUGGUCAUGACUGGACAUCUCUUCACCGAACUGGAAAUGAAAUGUCUGGAUGCUGAUGAUGCCAAGGUGAUGUUUGAGGAGGAGCCUGGACAGGAUGUGUACUGUGAAACUCAGAUGCCUUUGUAGACAUCUGAAAUAAUGGCUGCUGACACUUUUUUUAUCCUAAAGGAACUGUAUAGUUAUUUUAUUUUAGGCUCAAGUGAGUUUUCAAUUCCCUGAUGAGCAAGAUAUUUAAUAUUUAUUUACUGUAUCAUGAUAAAUGAAGAUGCAGAUUAUAUUUAUUGAGGGUGAUUACUGAUAGCUUUAGCGUUUUCUGGAAAGCCCCUUAGUUUAAAUAUUCUUAGAAAACCUUUUGCUUAUGCAUUUCUAAAGCUAAACAUUUGAUGAUUUCUGUAUUUUUGCUAAAAAAAAAAAAAAAAAAAAAAA